AUGGUGUCAGUGGACCUCAAGGGUGCAUAUCCCCAAGUUCCAAUACAUCCGGAAUCUCAUAUUCCUUCGUUCAAGGCUGUAAUCGGAAAAAGAUGGUUUGACUUUGUGAUGAAUCAGGAGGUUGAUUUAGUUGCAUUCAGGUUACAUUUAUAUGUUCCAAGGCUGAGGCUUGUUGUUGUGGAUAACUUAGAGGAUUCGAUGAUCCAUCUUUCUGAGGUGACAAGUGGUGAUGUUGGCCAUAAUGUGUUGCUGGAGCAAGCAAAUCUUCAAACUGCUGUGAAAGAAGAAGAUGUUUUGAGCGAUGGUGAGGUCACGAAUACUCAAACAAGUUUAACGACUAGCUUAGAUCCUUCAUCGCCUGCUGUUACAUCUCAAGUUAUUCUAAAUGAUCCUAUCCUGUCAGUAUCUGGGGAGCCUUUGGGACAAGAAGAGGGUUUACAUCAAGACCAUGACGAUACGGACAUUGUUAUCGUAUAAUUGUCACUGAAAAUAAUUACAUUUGUCUUCAACAUCUUGCUUUUGUGUAGUAUUUACUGUAUUUUUCUUCUGUUUAUUGAAUACAAUUAGUUUGAAAUUGUAUCCAGCAGUUGUUGAUUGUGGAUUUUAUUCAACUGAUUCUUCAUUUUAUCGAAAUAAAAGGACCAAGGAUUUUAUAAUAAAUAACCAUAAAUUUUCUCUUCACACACUGACAUUGUAAAAAUGCCUUUUGAUAUCUUAAGUAAGACUAUAUAAUAUUCCUUUAUUUUUCAUAUGCCCAAGUUAUAAUGAGUACAUAUAUAAUGUACCUUUAUAUUGUUUAAUUAAUUAGUUUCUAUACUCCUGAAAGGAGUUUAGGUUGAGUUGCAAAGAUUCAAGAAGUUUUGAUAAAGCUGCUGGUAACUGUCGUUUGCUUAUCCAGAAUUCUUUUUUUCUUUCUUUCUUUCUUUUUUGUAGAUGAUGUUAUUGGUUCUUCCAUUGUUUUUAAAAUAUUUUAUUUUGGUGUUUCGUACAGCUUUAAUCAUUCAGCAUUAAUAGCGUUGCAAUAAUUAUUCAUAGAGAGAGCAAGUUCCAAAUAAAUACUCAACCUUCCAUGCCUUAUAUGGUUGCUUUUAAGUAAAAUAUACAAAUUUGGAAAUAUAUCACAUUUAUACUUUUGACAAAAUAACUACAUUAACAAAUA